AUGACUCAGUACAGUGAUUUGAGAAAUGACGAUGAUCUUGAUGAAAUGAGCAUUGCUUUGACAAGCUUUCAUGAUGAUUCUGUAAGUGCGAAUGCUGGACAUUCAUCUACAGACAGAUCAACACCAGAAUCUGGAAAGAGAGAGGCUCCAGUACGGGAGUUUGAAAUAGAAUCACCUGUGGAUGAUUUGGAAUUUGAUGAAUUGGCAGUUUCUACAGGGAAACCACUAGAGAAAGUUUUUGAAGGGCACAAGGUUGUUCUGGAAACAAAGGAUAUUGGUAUUUCCUCCAAAUUGAGGGUCCAAUUUUUUACUGCUUGCCUUGAACUUUUCAUGCUUGGACUUAUGGAUCAAACACUUGGAGCUGUGAUGGAGCAUGUUUUAGCUGAUUACGGCAUAGAUAGGAUUAAAGUUUCAUACUUAUUUUUGGUUGGAACACUUGGUUACAUGCCGGCAAGUUUUUUAAAUCAUUUCUUGAUCUAUAACUACGGAUUAUUCAGAGUUUAUAUUGCAGGUAUGUUUUUUCUUGUCAUAGGUGCGUCUAUAUACGGACUUAAGUCCCCAUAUCCAUGCCUUAUAGCCGCAUCUCUUAUAAAUGGGUUUGGAUCUGGAUUGGCAGAUUGCUGUGCGAAUAUAUUUGUUGGAAACUUGAAGCAUUCCAACCAAUUGCUUGGCGUUAUGCAUGCUUGCUACGGACUAGGAUGCCUCACAAGUCCAAUAUCGGUGAUAUACCUUAUUGGGAAAGGAUUUCCUUGGGCACACUUUUAUUUCAUUAUUGAUACUGUUGGUUUGAUCAAUAUAGUUAUUGUGGCUUCCACUUUCCGAAACGAAACCUGCUGGAAAUUUAGAUAUGUUUCCAAUUUGGAGAGAAAGGCCACCGGGGAUGAGAAGGCAGAAACCACUACAUGGGAAACGUUUCACAAUAAGUAUGUCCUCUUUUAUUCUUUGGCUUUAUUUGUUUAUAUUGGUAGUGAGUUGAGUGUUGGUAUCUGGCUAUUCAAUUAUGUCUUCAAUAUCAAGCACAUGUCAGAAAAGUACUCCUCCUAUAUCACCAGCGGAUAUUGGUCUUUUAUGACCAUGGGUCGGUUUGUUUUAGGAUUUGUUACCGGAAAGUUCUUUGAGGGUAAAGAAAUGCAUGCCAUUGUUCUUUACUGCGGCUUGGUUGCAGGUUUCUGUACAGGAUUCUGGGCUCUGCAAAGCAAUGUUGUCAUUCAAACGGUCUGUAUAUUCUGCAUGGGCUUUUUUGUGGGGCCACUAUUUUCGACCACGAUUGUUAUUGCUCUUACAACCCUUCCAAUGAGAUAUACUACCUCGGGUGUUUCAUUGAUAGCCGGUUUAGGAGGAUCGGGUGCAGCUGUAAUUCCGCCAAUCAUGGGUUUUAUUGCCGAAAAAUUUGGGGGUGGUGAUGGGGAAGGUUUGGUUUAUUUUCCAUCAUUAGUUCUUGCCUCAUUCAGCACUGCAGCGUUACUUUGGCUAUCUUUUUACAUCACGCAUAGAAGCACAAUAGAUUUGGGUAAAAGGCUAAGUUGA